GCCAUUUUGGAUUCUGGACGGCUAGCCGUUAGGAUUUGGGGGGAUCUGUUAGCUACUUUUAAUUUGAUAUAAACCGCAGUAAUUCUUUUCAAGUUCAACGUUGCAAAGGGGAGCACCGCUUUACAAGAAGAGGGGGCUUACUGUGACAUGUCAACGAUGAAUCCAGAAUAUGACUAUUUAUUCAAGCUGCUUCUGAUCGGUGACUCCGGCGUUGGAAAGUCUUGCCUUCUCCUCCGAUUCGCAGACGACACAUACACGGAAAGCUACAUUAGCACUAUCGGAGUGGACUUCAAAAUAAGAACUAUAGAAUUAGACGGAAAGACGAUCAAACUUCAGAUCUGGGACACGGCAGGACAGGAGAGGUUUCGCACCAUCACAUCCAGUUACUACAGAGGAGCACAUGGCAUUAUUGUAGUGUAUGAUGUUACAGACCAGGAGUCUUUCAAUAACGUUAAACAGUGGCUACAGGAGAUAGACCGCUAUGCCAGUGAAAAUGUCAACAAGUUGUUGGUAGGGAACAAGUGCGACCUGACAACAAAGAAGGUUGUGGACUACACAACGGCAAAGGAAUUUGCAGACUCCCUAGGCAUCCCCUUCUUGGAAACCAGCGCCAAGAACGCCACCAACGUAGAGCAGGCCUUCAUGACCAUGGCGGCGGAGAUCAAGAAAAGGAUGGGCCCCGGGGCCACCGCCGGCGGCUCGGUGAAGUCCAACGUGAAAAUCCAGAGCACUCCGGUGAAGCCUUCCUCCGGAGGCUGCUGCUGAGGCCUUCCCCCCUGCACCCCGCCCCUCAGAAUCUCUGAUGUAACAUGCUCCACCGUUAGAGAGAGAGAGAGAGAGCCAGAAGGAAAGCGAGAGAGAAUAUUAAAAGUUGCCUGAAUCGUACUGUAUGUAGCCGCACUACCAGUUCUCCAAAACAAAAUUCUCCAAAAAACGAAAAACAAGGUCAUCUAUCCAAUAAUGGUCAGGCCCUCCCACCCCAGGUUGCUUUUACCCCCCCCCCCCUCGCCCCAUCCCUCCACCGCCGCCUCCCAGAGACCACAAACAUCAUUUUCACAACUGUUCAAAAUGCUCUCCCUGUGCAGGUUUAUAAAUAUGAGAAAGAAUAAUGUGUGUAAAUCUCACUGCAUUCCUACCGCAGGUCUGGUCUGUGGUCGGUUUCAUAACUUUUUUGUUGUUGUUGUUGAUUUAUUUGCUGUUUAUAUCAUUUCUUUCUGUCUUCUGAAGAUGAAGUUUUGUCAAUGUCUUUCAACCGACAGCACAACACUGUUUCACUGUCCAACGUCAAGAAAGUCAAGUAAAAUAUGUAUGUUAUAUAUAUAUAUAUAAAUAUAUAUGUAAGAUCUGAUUUGCUAGUCGUUUAGAGAGGUAAGUGGAAUACAUUACAUUAUUUGAUGAGUAGGCUAACUUCAUAAUCUGCAUUUAAUUUGUGGCUCCAGGCUAUUGUAAUUUUGUUGCACAAUAUCUUACAUUAAAGAAUGGAAGAAAUGUUUAAUAAA